CUCUCCGGUUCGUCGCACGACGAAGCGAAAAUAAUCCGUGAACGACGACGACGAGUACGACGACGGAGGAUGCCUGCGUCGAGACCAAACAGAAAUUCAGAAUUCAUUCAGACGUCGCGUCGGCAACACGCGCGCUGCUCCCCCUAGCAAAAGAACACACACACAAAAACACACAAAAAACCGAACCCAAAAGCCAACUCACAAAAAUCGUAAUCAAAAUAACACGCGCAGCGUUCGCACCGCAGCGGAAAAGUUGUAGAAAAAAGUGAAAAAUCAAGAAUCAAAAAAUUCCGAAAAAAGUAUCUAAGAGAUAAACCAAGGGCCAGCCAUCCAAACAUCCCAAAUGGCCGCUACAACACGUGUGUGCUUUUCACCCAAGUGAUCCAAACCCAAAUAAAUCCCCCAACCGAAAACAGAGAACUUCAGCGGAAGAGUAGCCCGAAAAGAAUCCCCCAAAACAAUAACGAAUCACAGCAAAAAAGCAUUCCAGAUGUUGUCCUGCCUGGCGCCGUCGUCUUCACGUUUUGGCCAAGAGGAUAACAGCAUCAUACAGCAGAGCAUGCCAUCGUCCACAGCCUUCACCAUGCAGUUUCCCUCCCUGGCCUCCAGUCUGCACCACCACCAGGCACCGCACAGCAAGGCGAGCAACGGCUCCGGUGGCAGCCAGGAGCAGCACGCCCAGCCAGGUGUCUCCGUGAAUGACUUCCUGGUCAAGUGCCCGCAGUGCCACAAGCGCUUCACAGAGUUUCAGUCCCUCAGCGAACACAUCGCCAGCGAGCACCCGCACGAUAAGCUGAACUUUGAGGCCAGUCGCGGCUCCAGCGGCGCCGUGCAGCCCGAGAGCGAUGCCGAGGACGAGCAGAGCAAUCUGAGUGGCAGCCGGUACGCCAAGUCCCCCGCCACCACCGCCGCCACCCACGCCACGCCCAGUAACAACAACAACAGCGAUCUGGCCAAGAACCACAACAACAACAACAGCAGCAACAGCAGUAAGAUCUCUCCCAUGUGCUCGCCGGGAUCGGGGGGUCCCGCCACCACCGCCGCAGCAGAUCUCUUCGCCCACCUCUCGCACGGAGCCCCGCCCCAGCUGCCCUCCCACCUGCACGCCCAGUUCAUGGCCGCCGCCGCCCUGGCCAUGCAGUCGGCCCGCUCCGUCAGCUCCUCCGCCAGUUCGCCCAACAGCCACCACCACCACCAGCAGCAGCACCAGCAGCAGUCGCACCACCAUCUCCAACAACAGCAGCUCCACCAGCAGGCGCAGCAGCUGCUGCCGCCCCAGCUGCCGGGCAGCAACAGCAGCGUGGGCAGCAAUUCCGCCUACGAUCUGGACCUCAGCGCCCCGCGGUCCACCUCCAGUCCGGGCUCCACCACGGGCGACCUGAGCGGCGCCUACCCCUGCAUGCAAUGCACUGCCGCCUUCGGCAGCCGCGAACAGCUGGAGCAGCACGAGCUCCUCCACUCGCCCACCGGGGGCCAGCCCACGGCACAGAAUGUCUCUCAGACUUGCCGAAUCUGCCACAAAGCCUUCGCGAAUGUGUACCGCCUGCAGCGGCACAUGAUCAGCCACGACGAGUCGGCGCUGCUGCGCAAAUUCAAGUGCAAGGAGUGCGACAAGGCCUUCAAGUUCAAGCACCACCUGAAGGAGCAUGUGCGCAUCCAUUCCGGCGAGAAGCCCUUCGGCUGCGACAACUGCGGCAAGCGGUUCUCGCACUCCGGCAGCUUCUCCUCCCACAUGACCUCCAAGAAGUGCAUCAGCAUGGGCCUCAAGCUGAACAACAAUCGGGCGCUGCUCAAGCGCCUGGAGAAGAGUCCUGGCGCCGGGCCCCGACGCUCGCCCACGAACCUGCAGGGCCCCAAGAACGGUGCUGGAAAGAUGUCCGAGCAACAGUCCCUGCCUCCGCUGCCCAAUCCCAUGAUCUACUUUGCCGGCGAGGCACAGGCGCAGGCCGCGGCCCCGAAUGGAGCUCCUCCGCCGUUCUAUCCCAACUACAUGAAUGCGGCCCUGCUGGCCUUCCCCAAUCCCUUCAUGGCAGCGGCCCUGGAUCCCCGCGUCCACCCCUACAGCAUACAGCGGCUCCUGGAGCUGACGGCCGCCGGACAGCAGCAGCAGCAGCAACAACAGCAGCAGCAACGCGAGGAGCGCGAAGAGCAGGAGCAGCACGAAGAGCCUGAGACGCCGGAGGAGCCCAAGCUGGUGAUGGACAUCGACGAGGCUGAGGCCAAGGAGCGUAUGGUGCCACAGGCCAGCCCCCAGACCAUGCCAGAGGAGAUCGAACCCGUCGUCGAUAUGGCCACUGCUCCCAUCAAGCAGGAGCCCAGCCGCGAGCCCACCCCACUCCCGGAGAGUGCACCGCCCUCGCCCAAGUCCUUCAAGCAGGAGCAGGAGGAGCCCCGUUCCGUGGAGGAGGAUCAGGCCAUGGCAUCGGCUCAGCCCGAAGCCUCUGUCUCCUCCCCCAGGGGAGACACACCCGCCGAGCUGCGGUGCAGCCGCUGCGACAAGCAGUUCAACCACCACACGGAGCUGGUGCAGCACGAGAAGGUCCUCUGCGGCCUGAUCAAGGAGGAGCUGGAGCAGCACUACCACCAGCAGCAGCAGCAGCAACAGCACCACCAACAGCUCCAGCAGCAGCAGCACCACCAGCAGGCGUCCUUUGCCCUGCCCUCUGCCAGCGAGGAUGACGACGAGGAGGAGGAGCGCGAGAACGACAACGACACGGAGCCGCGUCCGGACAGCAACGAGCGCAAGGUGCGCGUGCGCACGGCCAUCAACGAGGAGCAGCAGCAGCAGCUGAAGCAGCACUACGCCCUCAAUGCGCGGCCAAGUCGCGACGAGUUCCGGAUGAUUGCGGCCCGCCUCCAGCUGGACCCGCGCGUGGUCCAGGUCUGGUUCCAGAACAAUCGGUCCCGCGAGCGCAAGAUGCAGAGCUAUGCCAGUGUCCACUCGGCAGCUCCUGCCGCCAAUGAAGUGCCCACCACUCCAGUGGCCAGCCGUCCCACAACCGAGGAUCAGCCCCUGGAUCUGUCCGUGAAGCGCGACUCCCUGACGCCCAAGAGCGACCACUCUGCCGCGUACGGCUUGCCCCAGCAGCAGGCUGCCGGACAGCCAGGCCCCGCCGACUUCCAGGAGGCCAUCAACCUGAGCCGCAAGUUCUCCAGCUCGGCCUCCAUGUCGCCAGCCUCGCUGUCGCCCUCGUCGGGCGCCUCUCUGCAGCAGUCCUCGGCAGCUGCGGCCGCCGCUGCGGCAGCCCUCUGGCCCUUUGGUGGUCCGCCUCCAUCGCCGCCCAGUCAGCUCGAGGUCACGCCCGCGCAGCACUGCUCGACGCCGCGAGGCGGCCAGGCCUUCCCCGGACUCCAGUACAUGCUCCCCAUGCAGCGGCUCCCCAUGGAGGCCCUCUUCCAGAUGCGCCCUGGCGGCGAGUACGCCCCCAAUCCCCUGAUGAACAGUAUUAAGAUGCCCGACUUCCGCGGCACCAGCCUCAGUCCGGGCGGCUCCGAGAAGCGCUCCUGGCGGGACGACGACUCGCGCAUCUCCCACGAGGACGACUUCGGCAACGGCCUGAUGCCCCCCAAGCCCCGUCGCGGCAAGGCCGAGACCCACGGACAUGCCGGCGAUCCGGAUCUGCCCUUCGUCUGCGACCAGUGCGACAAGGCGUUCGCCAAGCAGAGCUCCCUGGCGAGGCACAAGUACGAGCAUUCCGGUCAACGACCCUACCAGUGCAUGGACUGCCCGAAGGCCUUCAAGCACAAGCACCACCUGACGGAGCACAAGCGGCUGCACAGCGGGGAGAAGCCCUUCCAGUGCUCCAAGUGUCUGAAGCGCUUCUCUCAUUCGGGGAGCUACAGCCAGCACAUGAACCACCGCUACUCCUACUGCAAGCCGUACAGGGAAUAGGUAAGCGACACCUCAGUGCCGCCCACCUGCGCCUCAGCAGCCGCCUCGGGAACGGGGCCACCGGCGCCCAGCGGUCGCCGUGGUCGCGGCCAGUCAGCCGCCGCCCGAUCCCAGGCCAGCAGCAGCACUUACCCGCCGCAUCCGCAUGCACAUCCGCACCAGCAUCAGCACCAGCACCCUCAUCAGCAUCCUCAUCCGCAUCCGCUGGCGGCCAUGGCCGCCUUCCAGCAGCAGCAGCAGAGGAUGCACCAACACCAACAGCACCAGCAGCAGCAGCGUCUCUCCUGGCCACCGUCCGUGCCUGGUGCUGGAGUGAUGCUGCCACCGCCAUCCAAUCAGCAACAACAACAACAGCAGCAACAACAUCGUCCCACGGCGCCGCCACCUCCUCUGCUCUCGGGCGCAGGAUUUGGACAGCCGCCACCGCAGUUCUUUCACCACGCCGGCCUGCUGCCGCCUCCGCCGCCCCCAGCCCCACCAUCGGGGGCGGGAAAUGUGCGGUUCGCCGCACCACCCACGCCGCCCUCGGCAGCUCCGUCCCACGGCGGGGGUCCCGCCUUUGAUUUCUUCAAUGCCAAAAUGUUGCUCCACUAGGGCCGUGGUGCGUGUCUUUGCUGGUCGCGAAUCGGUAGCGGCGGUCGCGACGGGUGCGUGUCCCCGCUAAAUGUAAACGAUAACAGUGGUCGUUAACAGUGCACUUACAGCUGUACUUAAGAAAAGAAAAACAAAACAGAAACGAAACGAAACGAAACAGAAAUCUCAAAAAUGUGCAGGAACACGUAGAAGGAGAUAGAGUGCACCCUAGACAGAGACAGAGACAGAGCGAUAGAUGAGAUAUUUUUUAUAGCAAUAUAAACGAGAAGAAGAAGGGGAAGAGGAGGAAGGAAGGGAACGGAGAGAGCAUGAUCGGAUCGAAGAGGAGGAAACCUUUCGUUGGAGCGAAUUUAUUAUUAUUUUUUACAAUGUUGCAUCCAUUUUGUUUUUAGUAUUCGCUUAGUUUAACACACAAUUUGUUUUUAGUUUAGCGCCUAAGUCGCGGCCAGUUUUGGCCGUUCCCCCAUGGAUAUAUAGAGUGUAUCUAUAUUUUUUUACAUUAGAUUUAUGUAUAAUUUACACGCCCCACCCCCCGCCCCCGGCCAGUACCAAGUGCUGCAGAAUACUCAGAAAUAAUUAAGGUUCCACUCCUCGAUGGAUUGAAUGUUUAUUUCUUAUAGUUUACAUCGAUAUGUAUGUGUAUAUCGUUAAUUUUUAAGCGUUCGAGCCAGGAUGGGUUACCAUUUGCAUGAAAUUCCUCAAAGAACACACAACUUCCGGACCAAACAAACAGAUUAUGAACCGCAGACAAUACCAUACCACACCCCGAGGAUUCAAAAGUAUUAGCCCCCCCCUGUAAACUGUAUUAAAGACCCGCCCGCCCCCUCUUCAGAUGGAAAACCCACCGCUUGCAGCGCGUUUCAAGCUCUUUUACUUAACCCCCCGAGCUACGCUUCUAGCCCUACCCCAAACCCCACCCCUACCCGCUCGAAUCAUCGAUAGAGAGAGAGAGAACACACCUACUAGAUCAUUCCAUUCGGCCAAGGACGAGGACCCCCACGCGCACCUUCGAUGCGGGGACUCCCUGAAGGGCCGCCUCAUGCAUUUAGGCCUUCUGCCGGGCUGCUGCUAAAGAAGAAGAACACCCCACUAAAACUACAACUAAAACUAAAGCUAACUCUAAACUAAACCACACCUAACAUUUAAUACAUAUACGAACCUAAGCCUACAACUAAAACUAAACCUAAAACUAAAGUUAAACGAAAACAAAAACUUAAUUUGGCCUUAUUAAAGAUUAUUUAACAAUUAACAAACUAAAAAAUAAAAACAAAAAGAAACGUUAGCAUGUAAAAAAGAAAAGGAAAAACCUUUUGAAAAAGUCUCGCAGAAAACUAGUAGGAAAAUUCCAAGAAAAACCAAAAUACUAUUAACUAUCAAAAGAAAACAAAAAACAAGUGUUUACCAUGACAAUAAAUUUACGAGUAUAUAAUGUAAAAGAUAAUGCUUUCGAUUCUAGCUCAAACUUCAACUUCAAUUCUAAUCGUUUUCCACCUCAGCCUUUCCACGCGCCUCCGCAAAAAAAAACUAUAAUUCUUUAAAUCUAUAAUUAAUCCAACAAAAAUACAUAUUUGUACACAAAAGGUUUCCCAAACAACGAACAUUUUCUUUGUCCAAGGAUUUUCUUGCUUUUCCACAGACCCCCGGCACCAAAAGAAAAACAAAAACGAGAAGAGAACCAGAGGAACUCACAAAAAAAAAUGCAUUUAAUACUUAAUUAAUUUUUAUAUAUUUGUAUUUUAACUGAAGCAACGAUCGGUGGCAGGAUCGAACGGUAUAUAUAUGUAUAUGUAUAUGUAUAUGUGUAUGUGUAUAUAUAGUACAUAUAUUUUUUGUAAAUUAUUUCGCCAAAACAAAAAGCUAGAGAAUCCAAAAAAAAACCAAAAACCAAACAACGCGCAGAUUUCGGAAAAGAAAACACAGCCCGCAAGAGUUUUAGCAUAAAUUUAACAAUAAUUACUAUUACUACCAAUGAACGAAUACUUAGCCUAGUUAAAGCCCCCCUUGUCCCCGCCCCCGCCCCCCUCCUUAAUAAGAACAAAAUGUUAACUUAAAAAAAAAAAGAAAAACCUACUUUUAAGCGCAAAUAUUUAGUGGUUUGUGAUGGGAGUCGAUGGAUAUUUGCACUCUAGGGCCUUAUAUGAGAUACACAAACACACACGACGAUUGUUAGUUAUUUAAAGGAUAAUGGAUAGUGGAUAAUGGAUAAUGGAUGAAGGAUAAACACUUAAUGGAAAGGAUCGAGAGCCUUGCAUCGUUUUUACUAUAUAUACCUAUAUGUUCCAAACUACUACCUUGUUUUCUACUACCCCAAAGAACACUCUCUGUUAAAGUUGUUUAACCCACACCCUCACACACACACACACACACUCUUUAUGUAAAUAAGCCACAGAUAUAGUAUAUAUAUAUGUAGGAUAUAUGCGCAGGAAUGUAUUAUUUGUUUAAUUCUUAUGUUCAACAAUAGAGCGAUCCCUAAAUUAAGCGAAAGCCAAGCCUCAGCAUCAAAUGUUUUGUCUCUACAGAGAACACCCGCUAAAAGAAACCCCCAGCCCCCAAAAGAAACACUAAAAGAGAGAGACAGAGAGAGAGAUAACGAUUCAGAUAACUUAUAUUUCAAAUAUUACGCAUAAAUGUAUUUUAAUCAAAGUAAGAAAA